AAUUCAAUAGACCCGCAUUCCAAUGGCGAUAAUGCGAUUAUGGUUUUUGUGAAGAGAGGAGUAAAAAAGUAGAGACAAGGUCUUCGUUAGAACACGAAGAUAUUUGUUUAACGCCGAGUGUUUUCAUCGAUUUUGUCGUUAGAGGAGUCUGCGGUGUGGAGAAUCUCAGGUGUAGAGUUAUCGGCGAUGACGCGCUCAGGUGAACUGCCAUGUAGUAUUUCCCGUUCGUGACUCACGGUCGAUAGAGCCCGAUCGGGAAGGAGACACUUUUAAUGGUGGCAGAGACCGAGAGAUUCACACAAGACACGGUGGCAUGGCCAUUGUGAAGACGUUUCUGUGUUUCUCCAACACAAGAGUAGGAACGCUUAUAUGUGGAUGCUACACAUUGAUAAACUCCUUGGUAUGCCUCGUUUUCUAUUUAUUCCGCUAUGUGGGUUAUCAGCUCAUUGAAGACUCCCAAGAGUACAAAGGGAUUGUGUACGCGGGUUUCGUCCUGUACGGAUUAAUGAUAGCAGCGUCCCUCGUCCUGAUUCCGGGAGUACAGUUGGACAAACGCUACCUGUUAUUGCCCUGGGUGUAUGUGCUUAUCCUAAAUGUGUUGUAUGAAACGGGUUCUAUUGCACUCCUCACCACAGUGCACAUGGAAAGAGAAAAGACCCUGAAUGCAUGGGAAAUCGUGUGGAUGUUUUUCUAUUGUUUCAAACUGAUUGCAAAUUGUUACUGCUUUGCCUGUGUGGUGUCUCAAUACCAAGAACUGUCGGAGGGAAGAGGUACCUACGAAUACCUGUACAAACCCAGAAAUCGUCGAUCUCUGGGACGAGCGCGGGAGUUUGACAUUGACACAUUUGAACUUCCAUUUGGUAUUCAUCUUCCGCCAUAUACCGAGACAGAUCCAUGUAAAGAAUUGAAUCCUCCAUUAUAUGACCAUUUAUAUCCACAACCAAAACUGGAGGACAGGAGGUCCAUAAAUUUAAGACAGAUUGGACUGUGUCAUAAUAUACAAACAGCAAAUCAACAUUCAGAUGGAUUUCAUUACAAUCCACAAUAUUCAGGAAAUAUGCCAGAUCGAUAUUCCGUCACGGUUGAUGUAGUUUGGAUAUGACGUCAUCAUGGAGAGUGACGAUUCCUACCAUGCAUGUAGUGUUCAUAUCUGUCUCUCGUGACACCCAAAGUCAUUCAGUGGAGUAUAAAAACCAACUCCGAAAGGAUUGUACUAGCGCAAACUCGCCAUGUGUAUCACUCCUCCCAAUAUGAAUGAUUUACUUUCGCUUUUGUAAGUGUUUUCGCAUUGGAGGAGAAUCUACUACGGUUUUACUUACAGGCGAAACCGGAGCUAUAGAUUUUAACCGUAAUCAUGUAACCAGAUCGGUGCUUUCCAGAAUUCUUAACGGAGAUGUGUUUUUACUAACCUCUUCAGAAAUUGUUUUAUUACUCCCCAAAUGCACAUUUUCUACCUCAGGGAUAUGUUUGAAAUAUGUGUUGUAAGACAUUUCAAUGUGCCAAAGAAAAUAAAGGAUACAAGAGUUA